AUGCGUGUGAGUUGUGGACCCGUUGAGGAUGAUUUAUUGUCAUUGCAAUCCAUACAUGUUUCACAACAUGUUUGGAAUAGAGAAGAAGAUAGGAGAUUAUUAGCACGACGUGCUGCUCCAACACGUAAUGGAAUUGACGGAAUUCCACAUCAAAUAGUUCCGUUAAUAGACCAGGCUGGAUUUGGAUGGAUUGCUCGGUUGAGUUAUAUCAAAAUGAGUCCUGGUUUAUUAACUGCUCUGGUAGAACGAUGGAGACCAGAAACACACACAUUUCAUAUGCCAUUUGGAGAAUGCACAAUUACUCUCCAAGAUGUUGGUAUGAUUGUUGGUCUUCCAGUUGACGGUGAAGCACUGUUAAGUCGAGGCAGUGCUCAUGAUCUUUUAGGUGUUGUUCCACCUGAGUCACAAAUUAAAGGACAUCGGGUGAAAUUAUCUUGGUUGGCAACAUAUUUUAAUGACAUUGCAGAUGAUCUACAGGAGGUACAUCAGUUGCUUCCUUAUGCUCGAGCCUGGAUACUACGCUUUAUAGGAGGGCUUCUGUUUCCUGAUAGAUCUUCCAGCUAUGUCUCAUUGAGGUGGUUGGCGUUCUUAGGUGACUUUCAGACCAUUAAGACGUAUGCAUGGGGUGCUGCUGUGCUUGGAUAUUUGUAUCGCAAUUUAUGCACCUCUACAGAUUACAAAACGCCAAGUUGUGGUGGAUUUACACUUUUAUUGCAGUUAUGGGCAUGGGAACGAUUCCCAACCAUUCUGUCUUCUCCAUUUCUACCUAUUCCUCCUGCUUGCCCUGUUGGUUUAAGGUGGUCCAACACAGCCACUAAAAUAAGCAUGAGCGAUGAUAUUAAAUUUUAUCGCAAAUUCUUUGAUCGGUUGACCAGAAAAUCUAUUAUUUGGCAACCAUAUCCGCCUUUGGAACAGAUGCCCGAGGACUGUACAGGGGAUUCGUAUUUGGGGUUCUAUAAUCCCGUUACUUUCUCUGUGUAUUUGUGA